AUGGGUAGUGCCUACCACUGGGAAGCCCGGCGUCGGCAGAUGGCUUUGGAACGGAGGAAGGCGCUGAUAGCACAGCAGCAAGAACAGGAAGUAAAAAACGAGGAAGAGAAGAAACAACAUUCUGAGAAAAAAUCUCAGCCACCCCAGGAUUCAAAAGGGCCUCUUCCGCCACCACCACCACCUGCGCAGCCACCACCUGCGCAGCCACCACCUGCGCAGCCACCACCUGCACAGCCACAGGAGCAGGCAUACCCACAGCCACCACCUGGGCCAAAGCCACCAAAGGAGCAAGACCCUCCCACACAGAGCACCUUCAAGGACAAUCUCCAGAAGGAUACCCAAAGGCCUAGACCAGCAGGGGCCCAACAAGAUGGGGAGCAAUCCUGCAAACCUUGUGAUGGACCCCCAAUCCUUCCAGGUUAUGGUCUCACGAAAGCAUGCCAGUCUAGUUCUUCUAAAUAUUCCCGACUCACGUCGACUAAUUACAUCCAGCAGUGGUGAUCCAGAGAAGGACUCCAAGACCCGAUGAUCCCACAAAGCAAAAACAAAAGCAACCAAAAAACCUAAACAAAACCCAGACAGCAACCACACUUUCCACCCUGCAACCUUUCUACUCCAAAAAGCCAGCUGUAUACUUGGAGAGGAGGCUAGUUGGGAUUAAAAUGUGAUUUCUGGAAAGAACCAGGCAGCUGG